UGUGCGUGUGUGAGCGUCUAUUGGUUUGUAUGAGGAAGAGGGAGAGAGUGUGAGACUAUCUGUUCGGUUCACUCUCCAAAAAGGAAGGAAAAAAAGUUUGGACGUCGUCUUCUGGCCGAAACUUUUUUUAGGCAUGAACGCCGAGACGUGCGUUUCAUACUGCGAAAUGACAUCCAUGGAUGCAUAUUAUAACCCAUCUGCACCGCAAGGUAGGGAUCACCAAGCGAACCCGUUCAGGACAUUCCAGACGAGUGACACCAAAUACAGCCCUGCUUUCCUGACCAACAAAGGUCAGGCGUACGGGGAAAAGUCUCGGAGCCCGUUCCAGCAAGAAUGCCAGUCAUUGGAUGCCACUGCUGGGGAAGGCACCUUUAACAAAUACCACCUCUUCAUGCAGAGGUCCUCCUGCAAAACUCCCCCAGACAGCAGCAGCAAACUCCAGCAGGAAAGCGAACACAACGGAGGGCUCAUCGCUUGUUAUGGUAAAGAUAGCACAGGGAUGACAGAUUCAGAGUUGCCGCCAAACACUGAUCCCACAGGGAUGGAUGGCAGCUACCUCAGCGUAAAGGAGUCGGGAGUGAAGAGCCCUCAGGCGCAGCCAAAUUCAGAGCUGGCUUCUCCGUUGGACAAGGGUGAAGGAGAGAGCAACAAGGGCAAGAAACGACGCAACCGUACCACCUUCACGAGCUAUCAGCUGGAGGAGCUGGAGAAGGUCUUUCAGAAAACACAUUACCCUGAUGUAUACGCCCGGGAGCAACUCGCACUGAGGACUGACCUGACGGAGGCUCGGGUGCAGGUGUGGUUCCAAAACCGUAGAGCCAAGUGGCGAAAGCGAGAGCGCUUCGGACAGAUGCAGCAGGUCAGAACACAUUUCUCCACGGCGUACGAACUUCCUCUUCUCACUCGACCUGAGAAUUACGCCCAGAUUCAGAACCCUUCCUGGAUAGGCAGCAGCAGCGCGGCAUCUCCCAUUCCCGGCUGCGUCGUACCCUGCGACUCGGUCACUUCCUGCAUGCCCCCUCACCCGCACGCCGCCAGCGGAGUGUCCGACUUCUUAGGAGUGCCUAGUUCUGGAGGUCACAUGGGACAGACACACAUGGGCAGCUUGUUUGGGAGCCCAGGCAUGGGCACUGGCAUUAACGGGUACGAUCUGAACAUGGACCCCGACCGAAAAUCCUCCAGCAUCGCAACGCUGCGAAUGAAAGCUAAAGAACACAGCGCAGCCAUCUCUUGGGCUACAUGACUCCCCCCGAUGUCAGGAGAUCAUCUCUGAGGUCUCUCAAAAAAUGAAAAAAGAGAAAGGAACAUCAGUUUGCCAUCAAGGCAUGAUACAAAGCAUGACCUGGGGACAAGGAGUGUGUGGAUUGACAAAGCAAAGAAAAAUAAUACAGAAACCAUGUGAAAUCCAUUUCCAUUUGAAGUCCAGAGUGACAAGGGAAAAUCUGAGAUGCUCAUAAUAUCGAGAACCUUCUGGCUUUAAAACAAGAAAUACAAGAAAGAAAACAGAAACUUGACAUUUGAAUGCAAACAAUAAUUAAUGGAAAAGAAACAAAUAGACAAAAAACAUAAUAAAUAAACCCUGCACUUAUCCGCCGAACACUUGGAUCCCAUUUGUAAACACACGUACAUUUAUCUAAACGCAUCUGGCCUUGUUGUUUUUUAAUUCUGAGAAUAAUCCAAACCUGCUAAAUUUUGUUCUGUCACAGAUUCCUUUUCCAAAUAUGCCAUCUCUGCCUAAACAGUUCAAAGGACUUAAAGCAAUGCGCAGUUUCUCACGUUUCUGAAGGCUCUUCCAUUGCAUCCAUUAUCCAAACCAAGUAAUCGUGGGAAACUGGACUUGGCAACAGUUUUUACACUUUUUCCCCACAUAAAAGUUGAUUCGCUGAAGAAUCAAUAUAUCUGCAUUGAUUCUUUUUCAACACCAUGUAGAAGUAUCAAUCAGUUGUCAGAGAUUAAUACAUGCACGUAUUUGGCAUUAGAGUCUGCUGAAAGUGACACAGCAGGACUCCAGUCUCUCUGGUUGUGAUACAGGGGCAUUUAUGGUUGAGGAACACAUAUUCCCACUAACUCUAGUGCCAAGAAAAAGACAUGUGCCAUUUGCCAGUGUAAAGACUAAUGAAAAAAGAUUGAAAACGUAUCCCAGUGUAUCACCGUGAUGGUCUAUUGGUACAUUGGUCUCAGAAAUGGCAUAUGAGUUUUACUGCAGUAUCGGUAAAUGGAAUAUGGGAAAAGUGAAGACUGAACAAAUGUCAGAUGAAAGAUUUAAAGCACUCCAGAGUAAUACCGUUAAUGUGGCUUGGGAAAUGCAACUCAAAAAUGCAAAGUUCUCUGCUGGAAGUUAAGUUUAGCACAACUCUAAAGUAGCUUAUCAGCUUCCAAACUGAAUGAUGAACCUCACCAAAGAUUUGAAACUACAAAGAGGAGGAUGAAAUAUUAGAUUGAGGAGGUUAUUCAUUCAUCUCAGCUUUUUUUUGUUCUACAUUGCUGCCUUAGCUAUGCCCUACAAGCUCAAUGUCCUGGCUAAUGCUAUUGGGGCUCCUUGAAUUUUGAGCUAUGCUUCAUUAGUUUUUUGGCAGAAGGCCGUUGUUUCUAAAUGAAACAGAUUGUCAGUAGAGCAUCAGCCUCUCUAAUUCUGAUUGGCUGUGAGUAAUGUAGGGCUUUGUCAUAUAAUCACCCUCACCGCCAUGCGCUGAGGUGACGGAAAUAUAAAGCGAACACCGCUGCAAAAUACUUUACGGGCUUUUUGCUUUUCCGGAGUCAGAUUUAGAUCAGGUAAAACAAAGCUGGAGCCGAAUCUGAUACACUUGGUCCUUUAGAGAAGCCAUUUCUAAUUUCUAAACGAGAACCACAUUCUGGAGAUCUCUGGAGAUAUAUACAUACACACACAACCAGAGCAGUCGUUUUACCUGGCUGGGGGUCACAAUAGGGCAUCCAAACUGCCAUUACAAAAAAUGACAAAAUAACUCUUCAAAUUGACUGUAGAUCACCUGCAAACAGACGAACGUUGCCGUUCGGUAUCAUAAUCCACAGCCUGGCUAUUUGAUUCACAGGGUGUUGGAGCUUCAUUACUUUUUUGGCAGAGGUCGAUUGCAUCUCUCGACUGAGCAGCUCAUCACCCGCCCUGCGCCAAGGGACCUCCUAGAAAAGGCGGCGAUAACAUGUUAACUCAUCUCCAUUACUUGCUUUUCAGCAGGAGUAAAACAAGAACAUGCUACUAAACCAAUUUAACAGCGGUUCUUCAACCUGCAGUACUUAUUCAGAGCCUUAAAAAGUUCUCCCAGAACUGCAUUGAGAGUUUAUUGUUACUGUAGGGACGAAGCGACUAUACUGUUCCGAUGUUCUGGGAAAGGACAAUCCAAUCACAGCUGUGCGCUGAGUAAAUGCAAAACAAACAUGCCUCGUGCAUGCUUCCCCUUCAGCUGUCAUGGCUCCUCUUACAAAAUCCCAUGCUGAACGGGGCCUGGCCUGCUACCCCGGCCAAAGCGUCGGCCCUCGGCGUCUCCGAGUCCGUGCACACCCGUGCGAUCUUUUAAUUAACACCGAGACAUCUGUGGAGAAGGAUUCUGUGACAGAACAGAGCAGCCUAGCUUAUCUUUAACUAUCGGGGAGCCAGGAAGGGCGUAGAUAAAGCUCAGGUCAACACAUUUGUGAUACACAUUUAUAUAGAAUUCAGUUAUGUUGUAAUGAAUGAGCUACUCGGCACAUCACUGACAGGUCACAUUUGUAUUGAAUUCAAAGAUAAAUCAGCUAAAACUGACUGAUUAUGUAAAAAGGUCAUCAAGAGGAUUGCGUCGAGAUCGAGAAUCGAUUUUAGAGUACCGAAAUGAAACCGUAAUUUUCAGACAGUACCUUGCAGAUGCCUACGAAUUACAGAGAUGUUGAAGUCAGUCUCUGUUCCACCUCUCAAAACUUAUACUACUGAAGUAGGCAUACGCGAGUAUUAAUAAUACUUUGUUUUGUGUGUGUGGUCGCAUGUACAGUUUUCUUUGGAUUUCUUUCUUGCAAAAUACUCCCUUGGAGAUGUUUUUUUUUUGUAAAAUAACCUUGUUAGAAAUAUAUUAUUUUAUGUGACUGAGGGUUGUUGCAUUUGUUGUACGAUGGGUUUGGAAAUAAAAUGCGAUAAAUGGGUUUUUGACAUGUAAAUGAACCCAAAGACAGUUGUGACGGCUUGAGUUAAAUGUAUGGCUUUUCAAUAAUUAUUUGCUUUCAGGCUUGUUUAUGUUCUAUAUAUAUUGUGUGAUUUGCAACAGUAAGUUAUUGCACUUACAAACUUGUUUGAAAUGGUUUGAGAACAUUUUGAUAAAACCAGAUGUGAGUGGAAUAUCACUAUAAAAAGUGAGUACUCGCACUAUCAAGUAAUCUGAGGACAUAAUGUUGACGUUUUGAGGCCUGGUAAAUUGUUUACAUGUCUAUAUUUUGCAUGAAUUAGGGCUGAACAAUCAAAGCCUGUGACAUGAAAGACAAUGUAACCACAAAUGUCUACAACCAUCCAGAUUAUGUUCGAAAAUAUUUCGCUCCAGGACUUUUUCUUUGACACACUCAGCAUCUGUUCUAAGACUCCGAUAUAACAUACAUCUUUCAUUGAGAGAGAUACUAAAUACACAAAGUUCCAGUUGGCUACAGACUGUGUGCUUUUACGUAGACUUGGUUUUAAAUAAAUGAAAAGGCCUAUAUUUAAAAAUAUUAUCAUUACAGGUGCUGGGUAUUUUAAUAUGGAUGUUUCAUUUCAUUUGAUAUUUUCUGUGUGUUCAUUUUUGUUUGUUUCUCUGAAUUCAAAAGAAUAAAAAUGAAAUGAUACUACAGAUCUUUGGUUAAAUAAAUGACCUUAUUUAUAAUAUAGGGCUGCCACAAUAUAGGAUUUUCACUACUCGAUCAUUGUGGCCAAAAGAAUUCAUAAAAACAAUAUCACAAAUCACAAAAUCUACUGAAAUGAAAAUUUUAAACUGUAUAUAUAUACACUAUCAGUCAAAUUCAUAUUUGAUUUCAUAUGAUCUUUACAUCAUAUUAAUAAUCACAAACCAAUACUUGACUUUGAUUCUCACUUCAGAGAUAAAAGUGCUGCUUCUCAUACACAUUUCAUAAAGCAAAACAAAUUGUAGGUUUCGCUUGAGCUGUUUAAAGCUGCAGACAAUCUGUCUCUCUGUGUAUAAUUGGUCAUUCAGUGACAUUUCCAAUAUUUAACUUGUUGCUGAAACUUCUUAACCAGAUUUUCACCUUCUUCAUGCAGGAAGAGUCAGAACAGGAAUAUAUUCUCCUCACAAGUUCACUCCCCGUGGAGAUGAAAUGAAUUUAUCUCAGACGCGCAGGCUCCUGAACCUAAAUCACUCAAAGAUCUCACACAUCUGCUUCUGGGCCCAGACAACAGAAACAGCUGGGAAAAAGACAAUUCAUCCAAAAUCUACACAAGUCAACAUACCAUAUUAAAUUAGGGAUGAGUACAUGUAUCAGAACACUUACUGUAGGUACUCAAAGUGUCAAUGGUCAGUAAUAAAACACUACUGUUUCAAAUCGUUUAACGCUGAUCCAGGAACAACAUGCUCAUUUUUAUUAUAUUGUGCAUUAUAACUAUUUAUUGUGUGGUUUGUUUACGGAUGAGGGGGGAACAACUGAGCACCUAUACUUUACACAGCGAGUUUCAGUCUCGGUCAGCAACAGCACUCUAUACUGUAUAGAGGAGAUAAAGAGUACACAGUAUGCAUAAUAAAAUGAGAUAAAUUGUUACAGAGUAUUAAAAAUGCAGUGCUUGUUCAGAAAAAAACUGAGACGUGAUUUAAUUCACAAAAAAUUGUAUGUUCCGAAUGAUAUAUGCAAGUGUACAUAGACUAACAUUUAUAGCAGGUAACAAUAAAUAGCUCAGAUGUAACCCACUUCAAUACUUAACCAGCACCUUGUGAUAUUCCCAAAUUAUCUGUCCUUUAACACUAAAAACAAUAUACACAUCCCUACGCUGAAAUGAUGUAAAUUUUGCACAUUUAAUAAAUCUUGCAUAUAAAAAACAAAUAUUUAUUUUUUCUUUUCUUAAAACGUAAGUAUAACCAUUUAUAGAAUACUAUUUUAAUAUGAUUGAAGGAGUUGUUUGUUAUAUCAGUGUAUGGUUUUUAGCUAAACCUAAUUAGGAAGAGCUGAACUGAAUAGGAAACGUUGGUAUAAAAUACUUUUUUCAUC